GACGACUUCGAGGGGAAGGCGAAGCUGUGGGUGGGCGCUCUCGCGAAGGAGGGCAAGAACCUGAAGGAGCGGCUCGAGGCCCUGGGCUCCGACGUCGGCUCCCUGGCGGAGCAGCAGGGCGCCGACGGGGAACGCCUUGCCAAGCUGGAGCUCUCCCUGAAGCAGAAGUUCGACGGGGUCUCCGAGGUUCUGGCCGCGAGCGUGUCGUCUCUCCAGGCCGAGGCCGCCGCCGACCGCGGGGCCGCCGCGGCCGCGGCGGCCCAGUGCCGGGAGGAGUGCGGCAGCCGGCUGGAUGCGGAGUGUGCGGCGUUGCGGGCGGAGGCGUGCUGCGACCGUGCGGCGGCGGCGGCGAUCACGGAGGCCUUCGGCGCAAGGCUCGACCAGGAGCUGGGCGGCCUCGCGGAGCGCGUGGGCGCGCUGGCGCAGCAGCAGGCGGCUGACAAGAGCACUCUGGACACCGGGAUCAUCGUCCAGUCCGGCAGGAUCGACGCUCUCGCAAAGACAUCCGCGAAGGAGUUGGAUCUGGAGGCGCUCGACGGCCGCGUGGCCUCCGAGCUGCAGAGGUUGCAGGAGGAGCUGCGCGAGAAGGCGGCCGCCGCCACCCUGAACUCCGUCUCGGCGCGCUCCGCCG